AUGUCCACCCUUGCCGCCGACCGCAACUUCUGGGACCCUCUCCUUGACAUUUUCGAUUUCUCUCUGAAAUUCGAACAAGUCAUUCUGGAGAUCAUCCCAUCGAUCUUUGGCAUCAUUCUCUUCCUCGUCUUCGCCAACCGCUACCGACUGGAGCCCGUUUGCAUUCGAACAACCUCCUUGCUCUGGAUCAAGCUGACUCUCGCUGCUGGCCUCGUAGCCUUGCAGGCUGCUGCUGUAGGCUUUCACAAACAUGCCUCCACCGACCAGACCGACACUGCUAUGCCGGCGACCUCGCUUGAGCUAGUUGCUACUAUCAACGUCGCCAUCAUGGUAUAUGUAGGGCAUAAGCACUCUGUUCGCUCCUCCUCCGCCCUUGCUCUGUACCUCCUAUUUACUUUCGCUGUGGAUAUUACAAAAAGUCGGUCGUUUUUCCUACGAUCUGGACUCGACGCGCUUGGAGGCAUUGCCGUCGCUACUGCGUGUUUGCGCCUCUGUCUCGUGACCCUCCAAGAGAAAUCUAAAAGGCCUCUCAUCAUUGAUGAUGAGCUCCGAGACAUGACUGGGCAAGAGGCCGCUAGUGGUUUCCUGAGCAGAACCUUCUUGUGGUUCCUGAACCCAAUUUUCUUGACCGGCUUCUACGAGACGGUACGCCGUGAAAACAUGGACAAGCUUGGCCAAGAACUGGCUUCCAGAAGCUUACACAGCCGAUUGAACGAGCAAUGGAAUCGCGAAAGCAUCGCCCAAUCACGAUUUCGACUACUUGGUGCGUGCUUCUGGGCCUGGAAAUGGGACAUUCUCCUGCUUCUAUGGCCUCGAUUGCUCAACAUUGUGCUCAGCUUUGUUCAGCCCUUUCUCAUCCAGCAAGUGACUCGCAUCGCCGAGCUCGAUGAGCGGGGAGAGGGACAUUCAGUCUCUCCUGGAGAGAGGGGUGGCUCGCAAGCUGGCACACUUCUUCUCUACGUCGUCCUCACUUUGUCGAGAACGUCAACAGCGCACCGAACCAAUCGCCUCAUCACAAAGGUUCGCGGCGGCGUUGUUGCCCAACUGAUGGAGAAAACACAUCAUCUCAGCGAGCGCGAUGCUAAGAAGGCCGCAGUGCUGACACACAUGAGCGCCGAUGUGGAAGAGCUGGUCAGAGGCCUGACCACCUUCAUUGACAUUCCUUUGACCGCCUUUGAAGUUGCAUUUGGUGUGUUCCUUCUUUCGCGAUUUAUCGGCACGUCUUGCUUCUUUGUACUGUUGCCUGUUUUAGGCACUAAUGUUUGCUCCUACCUGCUGAGCCGUGUCACUGGUCCUGCGGCGGCUAAUUGGAACAAGAGCAUUGAGAAGAGAGUGACACGGACUGCAGAGGUGCUUAAACAACUUCCGGCUGUCAAGAUGCUGGGACUUGGUCCUACCAUGCGUGAUCAAAUCCACAAGCUUCGAAUUGAAGAAAUGGAGACCUCGAAACCCUUCCGUUUCUAUAUGGCGAUUGUGAAUAUGCUACAGCAGUUUGCUGACGUUGGAACACCCGUCGUCGUUAUUGCUGCUGCCUUUUUUUGGCAAGGAUUCGGCGGGAAAAUGUCUGCGUCGCAGGUAUUCCCGACGCUUGCUGUUGUGAGCCUUAUUCAGGCCCCUACAGCCAGGGCCCUGAGCGCGUACACGGAUGUUGCAAGCAUGACUGCAUGCUUUGGCCGAAUUCAGAAAUUCCUUCUUCUAGAAGAGCGCAAAGAUUCGCGGGUGAAAUGGGACCCUUCCGCCAGCCUGCAGGAGUACGAGCCUCUGCCAACGCACUACGGUUCCGAGGUGAUGAGACCGCGCCAGCCGACCCAUAGCCCGAGGGGCAUCAUUCAAUUCGCCAACGCCAGUAUCAGGCCCGUUGAGAUGGAGGAGUCUCUGCUCUCAGAAAUCACUGUUACCUUGGGCCGCGGCUCCGUCGCGGCUGUGGUCGGGCCUACUGGCUGCGGCAAGUCCACCUUUUUCCGGAGCAUUCUAGGCGAAACCAAAACCGACAGCGGUUACGUUUACACCGACAAGGUCAAUAUUGCAUACUGCGGUCCCAAUGUUUGGCUCAAGGACGUGUCUAUCCGCGACAACAUCAUCGGUUGCCUAGAAUUUGAUGCCGAGCGCUAUGCAGACGCAAUAGAAACGUGCCAGCUUGGAGACGAUUUGGCACGACUGCCUGGUGGUGACGCUUAUGUAGUAGGCCCGAAUGGCCUCAUGCUAAGCGGCGGGCAACGCCAACGCGUUUCUCUAGCUAGAGCUGUCUUUGCAUCUUGUGAUAUCACCAUCAUCGACGACAGCUUCAGCUCCCUCGACCGAACGACUGCAACAGACGUAUUAUUUAAGCUAUGCGGGCCGGAGGGUGCUCUGCGAAGGUCUGGCUCGACCGUCCUCCUGUCGACCUACUUACCGGAGGUUCUGGACAUUGUUGACUCCAUGAUUACCAUUGACGAAGAAGGACUGGUCACUCUGGAUCAGGCUGGUCACUGCAGCCCUGAUCGUCUUGGGAAAAUACAGGGAUACCUGAGUUCAGCAAGACCAUGCGUCUCCGAAGAAACCGAGACGAAGGAAAAAGCCCUCAUUAGCAGAUCAUGGCCUACCGAUCCAAAAAACUCUGUCAAGUCCGAGGAUGAUCCCCGCAAGAAAAAAGGCAACCUCGGACUAUAUGUGAUCUUUAUUGACAGUAUUGGGAGGUUGAAAUGUUUUGGGAUCAGCCUACUUGCCUUUCUCCUGGCCGUUAGCGAACUCAUUCCGGAGAUAUAUUUGCGAAUAUGGACCGACCUUGGUCCAACUCAAGGCUUGUACUUUAUUGGGUACUCAAUGUCUGCUGUGUUCGCAUGUUUUCUCGUCGCUCUGACGUACUGGUUACUCUAUACCAUUCUCGCUGUGCGUGCCGCUGUGGCGCUGCAUGAACAGAUCCUCGACGUUGCUAUGCGCUCGACGAUUGGCUACCUCACCAGCACAAAGACCGGCGACCUUUUGAACCGCUUUAGUCAGGACGCGAAUCUCAUUGCCCGAAUUCUCCCCUUCUACCUUUUCCGAACCGUCUACAUGUUUUUCGCGACUUUGAUCACUGUCGGCAUCAUUCUGUCCAGUGCUACAUACAUGACUGCAGCACUCCCCGCGAUUGUGGUCGCUGUUGUUCUGACCCAAGGUUUCUACCUCCGAACCUCGAGACAGAUCCGUCACUUGGAUCUCGAGGAGAAAGCACCAUUGUACACAUUUUUUACUGAAACGGCAGACGGCCUCCUCCACAUCCAAGCCUUUGGCUGGCGGGAGCAAAAUCUAGCAAAUGGGUACCACCUUUUAGACAAUUCGCAACAGCCAUACUAUCUCAUGCUCUGUAUUCAACAGUGGCUGGGAUUAGUUCUUGGGCUCAUUUCUGCAUGCGUUGCAUUUACCUUGGUGUCUAUUGUUGUGUGGGUGAAACACGGAACUUCGGGAUCAGCGGUGGGACUUUCAUUCUUGAGCAUUAUGAACUUCCAGCGACUGGUCACCUACUUGCUCGAAGCUUGGAUCGGAUCUGAAACGUCAGUUGCUGCCCUUUCAAGACUCGAGUCGUUCAGAAAAGAUACGCCCCGAGAAAACAGACCCGCUGAGCCGGUUGAGCUGCCGCGCGGCUGGCCGUUUUCAGGUGCUGUUGAUUUCACGGGUGUUUCCGCUCGGUAUCGACCUGCUGAUGAUGUCCCGCCAAUUAUUCGAGAUUUCAGCGUUGCUAUUGACGCCCGGGACAAAGUUGGCAUCAUUGGGCGAACAGGCAGCGGAAAGAGCUCUAUUCUGCUGACACUCCUCGGCUUCAUGUACUACAGCGGCACCGUGGAAAUCGACGAUGUCGAUAUUGCGAACGUUGACGCUGACGUUCUUCGGUCGCACAUCAUCACAAUAACCCAGGACCCGGUGCAGUUCAGCGAUACCGUGAGAAAGAACCUCUUGCCCUUCACCAUCAACGAGGGAGAGAUUGGUGAUGGCGAAAAGAGAGCACAGAGAGACACUCAACUGACGGAGGUCCUUACUUCGCUCGGUUUGUGGGACCAGUUGGUGCAGAAGGGUGGUCUGGACGCGAUGCUCCCGGAUGUCGGGUACUCCAAGGGCGAGAUGCAGCUGUUUGCUAUUGCCCGGGCCAUCAUUCGUCGGCGCGAGACUGGGAGCAACCUCGUCCUGAUUGACGAGGCAACGAGUAAUCUCGACGCCUUGCGGGAAUCGCAAGCGCAACAAGCGUUGAACAAGGAGUUCCGGGAUUGUACAAUUCUCACAGUAGCGCACCGUCAGGAGACGAUCGAAGGAGUCGACUUUAUGAUUGUGAUGAAUGACGGAAGGAUGGAGAACCUGCUUACACCGCAGACUGCACCCCGAUUGUUCGGGGUUCGCUCUCCGUAG